AUGCUACCCCCUCCCCCCGGUACGUUUAAUAAUCGCGUGGCUUUGAUUACUGGCGGCGGCACGCGUACGGGUCUUGGCAAAGCAAUGGCUACAACCGUCUCUCACUUGGGCGCAACUGUAGCACUUCUCAGCAGGAAAUUAGAUGUCUUGCAAAAGACAGCUGAAGAAAUUUCAAGUGAAACAGGAAACAAGGUGCUGGCCCUUCAGGCUGAUGUUGGUAAUCCUGAUGCGGUUAAGUCUGCAAUUGAUACUUGUGUUUCUGAUGUCGGCUUGCCAAGCAUUGUUAUCAAUAACGCUGCUGGAAAUUUUAUCUCGCCUACACAACUCUCUGCAAAUGCUUUCAAAACUAUUGUUGACAUUGUACUGCUUGGUACAGCAAAUGUCGUACUGGAUGUUGGGAAACGACUCAUUAACAGUAGACAAGCGAGAAGAGAGUUUGCAUGGAACUAAAGGAGACGCUAAUGUCAAAGACUUAGUCAAACUCUGAAAUUUUGGUCAACUCUGAAUAACGGAUAGUUAAGACAUACAAACAGAAAUAGAUAUGUCUAGUGUCAGCAAUUUUGUUUUGAAAAGAAUGAUAAGUACUUAGUUGAUUAUUUGAAAUCAUAUGAUUAUUAUCAAUUGAAAUCAAGUAGAA